AUUGUCUCUUCAGCGCCGCUGGCGUCACGCAACGCCAGGUAGGUACUCAGGUCAGUGGCUGUUGGAAUCCAUCUGGACCGCCAGGCUGUCUCAACUGAGCAUCCCCUCUUCAAGCAUAGGCGAGUACGAGCAUACCAAGACGUCCAUGGAGAGCCAGAACUCGCAAAUCCCGCUGCCAGCCUCGUAUUGAUAUUCAGCUUGAUUCAUCCUCGUGUCCUGCACUGGCUAAAGAGCGCGAGCUCGAAUGGCCUUGCGGGACGACAAAACGUCUUUCCACACUUUUGGAACCCAGGCUAGGUUCGCAGCAAGCCAGGAGAGGAUGCUGCUCAGUCCAGCCAUCCGAAAGAUCGGUUUAGAGCAAGAAGACAAGACUUUUCCCAGAGCCAAGUCCCACCGGGCUUCAGCCCUUCAUUUCAUGCACUAAAAUGCGCAUCAUCCGGCCGCUUCUCUGUGACUAUUGAAUUACAAUCUGAGGCUGAGGUACGGCAGGUUGACAAGUCGUCUUGUCGUAGACCACCAGGAAAGCCUAUUCCUGUGUGUGACUUGCCCUGCUCGAAGAGCUGUCAAAGCAGCCUAAUAUGAGGUUUGUCAAAUAUUCUGCUCCUCCCAGUCUGUCAUGCUCUCAAUUGCUCUUCUCUUGUGUUUAUUCAACCGCUAGAGGACGUCGGCAUAGCACGCCCACUCUCUGAAUCUUCCAGACCUUAACCCACUUUAGCUACAAAAUAGCGGACAUGGCAUUGUCAUUGUUGCAUUGCCCUGGAAUCUGGUGCCUUACCCUCCUCUUGAGUGUUCUCUGGACGGCAGCCCCACUAUAUGCGGGCAAGGAAAAUCACAACGGUGUACACGUCCAGUCUGGUCAGAGUAUCCAGGCAGCAAUUGAUGCGGCAGCUCCUGGACAAACAAUCUUGGUCGAAGCGGGGACGUACAAUGAGCAACUUACCAUCGAAACCGACGAUAUUAGUUUGGUUGGCCUCGGAGCCGUCCUCGUUCCUCCAAGCACUCCAAUUCAUAAUACCUGCUCUGGUCUAGCCGGGCCGGACACUGAGGCAGGUAUUUGCGUGACAGGACAGAACGUCGAACUAGCUCCUUUUGUGACUGAGCACGAGAAGGUCCUCUCGGUGGGCCGUCCUGUGAAGCACGUCUUGGUCACCGGGUUUGAGGUUCGAGGAUUUUCGGGCAUAAAUGUGGCAGUAGUCGGUGCACAAGCCACCAAAGUCGUGGGGAAUCAGCUGAAGGACGGUGGCCAAUAUGGUUGUUUGACGGUCGGCUCGACAGAUACGCAUGUCGAUGGCAAUACCGUGGUGGCAAGCGACCUAAAGUUCAUCGCAAUCUGUGCUGACGACACGCCUGGGGUGCAAGUGGUGAACAACUACGUUAACGGCUAUGUGAUCGGACUCUGUGUCCAAACCUCGGGAGCAGUUUAUCGGCACAAUGAACUGGCCAAUCUCUGCAUCGGCGCCUUCGUUGAUCCGAACAUCAGUGGUGCAGACGUCAGCGGAAACCACAUCAGCAAUGCGAAUCCUGCCUGCACGACCAUCGCUGAGGUGGGGAUUUCUGGGGUUAUCAUCGACGGUGCGGUUGACACCACUGUGCGGCACAAUCUGAUCGAAGGCUUGACCGCCGGAGGCCAACCCAACAAGACGGCGGUGGGUGUGGUCAUCAUUGACGAGCCGACAACCGACCCCGUUGCGGUCGCCUCGGGCAACAUCGUAUCCGAGAAUGUCCUCCGCAACAACGACCUCGAUAUAUACGUCCAGACUAUCGGCACAGGCAAUGUCAUCGAAAACAACGAAUGUUCGAGCCCCAGCGAGCUAUGCGGAUGAGAUCGACCAAAGGCUGGAUCUUACGGUAGUGCUCUGGAUGUGGCAGGCUUGAGCCCUGUAUGACUGAAGUGAUAUUGAGUGUGUUGAACCAACCUGAGAAGCACCCAAAUGCUAGCUGUAGCUUAUGGCUCUUUUAUCAUUUUUGAGCACAAGGCGGGCUCCUGGGUACCUCGAAAGGGGCCAUGGGGCCACCACCAGCUGCCGGAACAAAGGCCUUUUUAUUAUUUUCGGGUAUACGGCGGUCUCCCGAAUACGAGUAUACACAAUGCAAAUCACAUUUUAUUUCACUCUUGUGGUGCUUUGUGCCAUUGAGCUCGAGGCAGCCACCGAUUGAAUGAGACGGCAAUAAGACAACUGCUUGAGAGCACAGCAUAGUGCUGCCACUUGUUAUGCCAAUUCCAGGCAUAGCAUUAUCU